GACACAGCAGAAUGUUUAGACAAAGCAGCCCAUCAAACAGAAUCACAAGAAUCUAGAGGCUGCAAUACUGAAUCAAAGAGGAGGCGGCGGCGCAAAAAGAAUUUGAAUCACUCACAGACAGCCCAUACACAAGAAAUGGCCCCAUCUAUGAUUGCAGUGGACCCUGUCACAUCAAGAUCUAUAAUAUGUCAAGCCAUGCCAAUGCCUUUAACGGUCCAAGGUAUUUCCUCACCUGUAGCACAGCUAGCACUCUCUACUUCAGUAGUAAAGCCAGCCAUACCCACAUCUCCUGUGAAACAGUGUUUAUUUGUUCCUCCUAUGGAGAAAACCCAGGCAACACUUGCAGUGGAGACACCCCAGUCCGUGCCCGCAGUGGAGACACCCCAGUCCGUGCCCGCAGUGGAGACACCCCAGCCCGUGCCCGCAGUUGUAAAACCUCAGUCCACACUUGCCAUGGAGAAAUGUCAGUUUCUGCUUCCAGCAGAAAAUUCUCAUUUGUUGCCUAUGAUACAGAAGUCCCAAGCUGUAUGUGCAACAGAAGAUUCUCAGCCCACAACUACAAUGGAGAAAUUUGAAACCAUGUCAGCAGGGGCACAAUCUCGGUCUAUGCCAGCAGGGAAACAAUCCCAAUACAUUUAUGUAGCAGAGCAAAGCCAGUCCAUGCCUGCAGCAGAACUGUGCAACCUCAUGGAUGCAGAAGAUCAGUCCCAGGUUUUACCUACUAAGGAACAGUUUCAGUUCUCACCUGCCACAGAGUCCCUAACUGCUCUAGCAAUAGAAUGUAAACAGGCCGUACCAGCAGAAGAAGUCCUUCUGCCCGUAUCCUUGGAAAGUUCAACACAACAAGCAGAAUCACAGCAGAUUAAAACAGGCAGCAUUGUUAAGAAGCGGUGGCAACACAGAAACUAUCUGAAUACUCAACAGAUUUAUUCUACUCCACAACCAGCUCUUGGGGCUAAAACAGAGCGAAUACUUUCACAACUAUCCACUUCACCUGAAAAUGCCGAAGGAAAGCGUCAAAGAAAACCAACAAAGAAGCUAUUGGAAUCAACAGAAGAUUUUGAUCAACUUUUUAUCCCAAAGAAGAAAUUUAAACAAGAUCCUCAUCGCUCACUAAAGGCCACCCCACAGUCCGAAGCCAGAUCCAUAAAGAAGCUUCAAAGAAAAGUAACUGAUCCUGCUCCACAGUCUACGAAACCGGAUUCAGAUGAAGAUACCAGUAGCAUAGCAGAACUUCAGGAGAGUCUGAAGGUAGAGUUGAGUGUAGAGAAGGUUCUGGGGAAGCUGAAAGUAUUGUAG